UCUGUCAAAAUGGUGGACUAAGAACACGAAAUUCCAGCAAAAUGAGGUUGUUUAUUUUUGCAACUAACGAAAAUAUGAGAACAUUAAUACCAUUAACAUCAGUGGCAUGAAAUAGAUAGCGGAACCGGGAUGGACGGCGUUAAGCAGCUGAUGGGCGUGUGCGAGGCGGGGGACGCAGCGUCUGUGGAGGCACUGCUGGAAGAGACGGAUGGACUGCAGGUGGAUGCUACGGACGACAUCGGCAACACACCGCUCGCCGUCGCCGCCGCCAAUGGACAUGACCAGGUUGCCCGCAAACUUAUGAUGAGGGGAGCUGCUGUUGAUAAAAAGAAUCUCUAUGGGUGGACUCCAGUAAUGCAAGCAGCAAGAUAUGGACAUGCCAACAUCAUAUCCCUCAUUCUUCAGCACCAAGUUGAUGUGAAUGGUUUUAAUGCAUAUGGCAUGUCAGCUUUGACAGUUGCUGCAAGUGGAGGCCACCUUGCAGUUGUUCGACAGCUGGUAGAGGCUGGUGCAGACAUCAUGCCACAGGGUAGCUCAUGUGAAUACACACCUGUCAUGGUGGCAGCCCAGCAUGGCCAUGAUGCCGUGCUCCGCCUUCUCCUGGAUAGAGGUUGCGAUGUGAACCAGCGUGUACCUUCCACUGGGGUAACACCUCUUAUGCUUGCCUCAUUGAAUGGACACAUGACAACAGCACAGAUUCUCAUAGAAAGAGGAGGGGACCCUAAUCUUAGCAAUGUUCUAGAGCACACUGCUUUAGCUGUUGCUGCCAUAAGAGGAAAGCGUGAAGUUCGAGGUUUCCUAGAAAGAAAAACCACCACUAAAACUAUAAUUGAACCAGAGGAACGCAAACCGGAUAUAAUUGAAGCUGCAAAACAAGGUAACAUCCAGCGUAUCCGAGACAUUCUGGAGGUUGAUGUAAGUCAGCGUGACACCUGCUCGGUCCACGAUGGGGCCACGCCCCUCAUGUUCGCUGCCAUGACGGGACGGAUAGAUAUCGCCCAGCUUCUCGUGGAAAGAGGAUGUGACAUUAACAAGCAGGAUAACAUAAGCGGCUGGACGGCUCUCAUGCAGGCUACAUAUCAUGGGAAGAAGUCUGUGGCAAUAUUUCUUAUCAAUGUUGGUGCUGAUGUGUCUACGCAAGCAAAGAAUGGUUGCACAGCUUUUGAUAUGGCGUCUUUGAUAGAUGAUGUGGACACAGAACUGUUGCGACUCCUGGCCAACAAGACGAUGCAUGUUAACAAGGGGGAUAAAUCUGGCCUGGCACGGACUUGGAACAAACAGAAUGGCUCUGCCUCGACCAUGCCUUAUACCUCAGAUCAACUGAUGGAUGACCAGCCUAAAAGUGGAUUGAAGGGAUGGUUAAAUCGAUUGUCUAACCGGUUUCGCAACCUGAAGAUAGGGGGGACAUUUAGCAGCAAGAACAGUAACCGGCUGGUCCCACUCACUGUGGACGGACAGACUGAGAGCUUCCAUGAUCUGCCAAUACCUCCCAGUAGACUCAGCCCCCAACUGGGUCCAAAGAAGAACAACUUUGUGAUGGAUCCUGUGGCUAAGUCCAUGACGAGCUAUGAAACAAUGAAACAGGAGACGAAGAAAAGUGCUGCUCACUACACCCUGGACAUCAACCCUCCACACCUGAGCAGUGACACCCUGAAGCCAGUGAUUCCACCGUUCCUGCCCCCACCCUCAUUUGACCUAGACAGCCCCUCCCGACCAUGGAGGCCCAGCAGAGCCAAGACCACCAUGACUGGCCUCGAUACGCCAAGCUCUCUGGGUUCUGGUCAUGAGCGGCCUGUCUUAAGGCCCAUGAAGUUCCUACAGAGCAGCAGUAGCGGCUACAAUAACCAGGUGUCACCCACUAACUCUGGAAGGUUCACACAGGCCAGCUCAAACCCAAGCCCUAACUCAUCAGGUGACUACCAGGGAACAGGUCUCUUUAUGCCCCCACCGUCCUCCUAUAGUGGCUCUGAAAGGAAUGCCAUGUUUUCUCCACCAACUCAUGGAUCCUCCAGGCUUUUUAUGCCAAGGAAGUCACCAGGUUUCCGCGGCAUGUCCAACACUACGUCCCCGAACAGUUCAGCAAGUGGAACCAGCGGUACAAGCUCAUCUGUCACCCCUAUACGCUCGUCCAGGGGUCGGAGCUGCUCAUCCAAGGGUAGUACCACCUCCACCCUCACACCCUCACCAUCACCCACCCCGGGCAAGUUUGCUGAUGAUGCUGGGCCUUUGUUGGAUUCUGUAAAUGAACAUGAAGCAGGAACUGGGGAUGAGCUAUCUGGCAUCCUGAAGAAACUUUCACUGGAGAAGUACCACCCUAUCUUUGAGGAGCAGGAGGUUGACAUGGAGGCGUUCCUGACGUUGACCGAUGAUGAUCUCACAGAGUUGGGCAUCUCACACGUCGAGUCUCGAAGACAGAUACUUUCAGAGAUCACCGAACUUAACACAGGAAAGGCGCGGGACCGGCGACAGUUCCAUGACACGAUGCAGUCAUUCCAGACAACAUUGAAGGCCCGGCAGUCAGAUGUCGCCAGCAGCUGUAGCAGUGCAGGACAGAACUGGUUGAAUCCAGGAGAGAUAGAAUGAGACCAGCUUGCCUCAAUGAUCUGCUAGAUGUUACUUUCAACACCACUGCUGUCUGCCCAGUCUGUACAUGAACAGUGUGUCAUAUGAAAAGGGUGUCAUGAAAAGGGUGUCAUAUGUACUUGGUGUCAUAGGUACAGUGUGACUGUGUGUCAUGUGUACAGUGUGUCAUAUGUACAGUUCGACUGUGUGUCAUAUGAACAGUGUGACUGUGUGUCAUAUGUACAGGGGGUCAUAUGUACAGUUCGACUGUGUGUCAUAUGAACAGUGUGACUGUGUGUCAUAUGUACAGGGGGUCAUAUGUACAGUGCUUCAUAUCUACAACGUGAUAUAUUUGCAGUGUUUCAUAUGUUACAAGUAGAGUGUCAUAUGUCAAGUGUGACAUAUGUUACAUUUAGUGUGUCAUAUGCAGAAUAUGUCACAUGUAGUUGGUCGUAUGUACAGUGUGUCAUAUGUUACAUGUAGUGUGUCAUAUGUUACAUGUAGUGUGUCAUAUGUACAGUGUGUCAUAUGUUACAUGUAGUGUUAUAUGUUCAGUAGGGAAUAUGUUACCUGUAAUGCGUCAUAUGAACAGUGUGGGAUAUGUUACUUGUACUGCAUCAUAUGCAGGAUUCUGUCCACACUUGGCCAGAAUCACUCUCUGGAAUUUUAUUAGGGGUUAUUUUGUUAUAUCGAGGCCUUUUACUGGACCAUCUAGAAUUGACCAGUCAUCAAAGUAUUAUUGUAACUAGUCAAGAUGACUUGACUGAAGUUUACUAGUUAAUCCAUUGAUCAAGGCUGGUAUUCAAUAUUUGUCUUAAUUGGAUCUGAGAACGAAGUAGCUAAUCAUAUUAUUUGUUAUAAAUAACUGACCAGUACAGUGAAUGAAGUCACUGAUGUAUGGUCAUUAGAUUAACUUUGAAUUUUGAAUACCAACACAAUUGAUUGUUUGUUUGACAACUAGCCACUUUUCAAUUAUUGUCAAUAAUAGACUUAUAAUUUAUGUACUGAUUACUGUGAUCUUAAAAUAGACUAUUUUGUUAUGGAAUGAUCUGAUGUUUGACUAAGGGUAGAAUUGAUGUGCAGGGAUUUACUCCAUGCCUGUAAAACUUGAACAGUUAUUGCAUCAUAAUUAUGUACAUUAACAUGAACCAGUCACCACUAAUGGAGCCUACCAUCAUAAAAAUUGAGUAGGUAUUAUUUUUUGAACGGUUACAAGAGCAGUACUACCAACGUGAACUUGUACCACUACGAAGUCGUACCAGAUUCAGAGAAAUAAUCUCAGGCGUUUAGUAGUUAAACUUCUUAGACAUUAUAUAUCCUUUAAUAAAAGAUUUAGUAUAAAGAUAUAUGUAAAUAAGUAUCUUAUUAAAUUCAUGUAUUUUUAUGCCCCAACUUAUGGGGGUUGCAUAUAGAUUUGCAGUUGUCCUUGAGUCCAUGAUUCAGACCUAUUCCGUCCAUAAGUAUUAUGCAAACUUGUGUCAUUCAAAACUCCAAAAUCAUUUGACCUAGAGUCUUGAAACCUUACAGGAAUGUUGUUGAGAUGAUGAAGUUGUGUACCUGGAGUUUCAUAUACAUCUGCACAUAAUAAAGAGAUAAUUAUGGCCCUUCAAUUGCUUGAAAUUUGAAUUUUCUAACUUGUGUCUUUCAAAGUUCCAAAACUUUUUGAUCUAGGAUCUUGAAACCUUGGGAGAAUGAUGUUGAGGUUAUGAAGUUGUGCACCUGGGGAUUCAUCUCCCAGUGCACAUACUAAAACCAGAGUUAUUUCCCUUGAAUUAGCAAAAAAUGGCAUUUCUGGACAGGGGUCGCUCAAAACUCAAAAACUAUUUCUCAUAGAGGCAAGAAACCUUGAUGGAAUGUAAUUUAGGUGAUGGAGUUAUGAAUCUAGGGUUAUGUUGCACUUACCAUAGUGUAACCAGAGUUAUGGCUUGUUCUUUAGCAAAACUUGGCAUUCCUAUACUAAUGGCACUCAAAACUCCAAAACCAUGUGACCAAGAGUCAUGAAAGCUAAGGGGAAUGUUGUUCAGGCGAUGAAGUUGUGCAACUGGGGUUUUGCUUCCUGCUGUACAUUGUAUAAGCAGAGUUUUGGCCCUUGAUUAGCAAACAUUGGCAUAUUUGCACUUGUUGAACUUUUGUCAUUCAUAACUUCAUACACUCUGGAGAUAUUUCAGGAAAGUAUUUUAUGUAAUUAAGUUGUGGAACUCAUAAUUUUGAUGCACAUUUAUGGAUAAUGGACAAAAUAAUAGCCCUCGCUUUUUUGACAAGCGCAGCAAGUGUGCAAUAGACACAUUUCUCGUUUACUUUAUUUCAUAAUUAUUUUGAUAAAGUUCACUUUUUAAUUGCCAGAUAUCAAUAUAUACUAGUAUGUGGUAAGAACUAUAUUGUUUAUUCAUAGGUAGCCAUCCUUGUUGUCCACACCCCCAAAUCUGGUACAACUUUGCAAGUUCAUAUUGGUAUGACUUUGUAGUGGUGUGAGUUCAUAUUUGUACAACUUUUGAAUGGUGCAAAUUCAUAUUGGUUUGACUAUGAAGUGGUGCGAGUUCAUAUUGGUACGACUUGGUAGUGGUGCGAGUUCAUAUUGGUACGACUUCUACUGUUAAAGUUUGUAUUAAGUUUGAGAUUAAUGUUUUAACAAUGUCAUGUUUUUUAUUUCAGAUAUUUAAUGCAUUAUAUCUGUGAUAAUGCUUGUUAGUAUUUUAUAGUCCCAUUUCAUAUGCUAUUUUACUGUUUCUACAUUGGCAUGAUUUUAUGAUGUUGUGCUAACGAUGUCAGGAAGUAUUAAAAGGGUCGUCAAAAUGAAAUCCGUCCAUAAUAGGUUGUUUUUUUCUGUCAUUUUUUUCUGCUAUGCAAGACAAUCUGCUGAUAUCUCUACAAUUUAUCUUUCUCAGAUAUAUUUACAUAAAUUACUGUGUUAGUUUUGUUGUUUUAAUAUACAUGUAUAUUAUGGUGUUUUAAUGAGUUUUAUUCAAAUUUUAACAAACCAUUUUACUUUUUGAAUUUACAUUAUAUGUGUACAUGCAAAGUUUUACAUUAUGUUUAUGGUGCUGUUUUGUUUAUAACACUUAUAGCCACUGAUUCUCACUGGGUUAUAGAUCUGUGUGUUUCUGUUUUUACAUGUAUAUUUUCUGUCAGCUAUGUGUUCUACAAACAAUGAUCAACAAAUCACCAAAGGCUACAAAUAGUUUGUUUCUGGUACAUGCCUUUUUAUGCCCAUACAAAAAUAGGGGGGCUUAAAGACUUUACCUUGUCUGUCUGGACAUGCAACCGUCUGUAAUUAUUAUGCAGACUUGUGUCAGUCAAAACUACAAAACUAUAUUACCAACAGUCAUGAAAACUUAGGGGAAUGUUCAUUAGGUGAUGAAUUUGUGCAUCUGAGGUUUCGUUUCCUGCUGCACUUAUUUAAACCAGAUUUAUGACCUUUGAAUUUGCAAAAAUUGGCAUUUCUGGCCUUGUGUCACUCAAAACUCCUUCAAUCAAUAUGCCCAGGAGUCAUAAAAGCUUAGGGGAAUGUUGAUUGAGUGAUGAAGUUUUGCACCUUGGUUUUUGUUUCCUGCUGCACUUAGUAAACCUAGAGUUAUGACCCUUGAAUUAGCAAAAUUGGCAUUUUUGGACUAGUGCCCAUUAAAAUGAUUUCACCUAGUCAUGAAAUUUAGGGGAAUGAUGUUCAGGCGAUGAAGUUGUGCCUGUUUGUUUUGUUUGCUGCUGCACACAUUUUAUCCAGAGUAAUGGCCCUUGAAUAAGCAUAAAUUGGCAUUUUUGGACUUGUUGAACUUAUGUUGAUCAUUAAUGUUUUAACAAUGUCAUUUUUUUUAUUUCAACUUCGAAAUUAUUAGUCAUACACUUAUGAGAUCUUUUAGGAAGGUAUUUGAUGUUAUUAAAUUGUGGAACUAUUAUGAUGUAUAUUUUAAAUUUUAUGGAAAAUGGACAAAAUAAUGACCCUUGCUUUUAUAAUAAAUGCAGCAUGUGGGGGGCAUCCAUGUUAUAUGGACUCAUUUCCAGUUAAUUAUUUAUUACAUGUACAAAAACAUUAUUUGACUCUGAAAUACAUUUCCUGUUUAGUUACUUUUUAAAGUGGUAUGUUCACAAAGAUUUAUUUACAGCUCUUUAAAUUUGAAAAGAAAAAUAUUUGACACUUGAAGUUUAUGGUGUGAUCAAAAUAUGAGUGAUAUGGAACAUAAAUGUAUACAAAAUGUGUUCUCUUUUACUAAACAAUUUGUAAAAACUUGACAAUAAGCAGGUUUAAAGGUGAAAAUGUUUCAUUUUGCUGGGUUUUUUUUAUGAAUUUGAUGGAAGAAAUCAAUAUGGCCACAUUGUACCAUCAACAAUAUUCAAAUCAUGUACUUUGAUUAAAGGAGUUCUCAAAUUCAUAAAAAAAUCACCACUUUUUUUACAAUAUGUACUUAUCAUUAAGUUUUUAGCUCCACUGGCCGAAGGCCAUGGAGCUUAUGUCGUCACAGAUUGUCCGUCGUGAGUGAGUGCGUGCGUGCGUGCGUGCGUAAACUUUUACUUUAAACGACAUCUCCUCUGAAACUGAUAAGCGGAUUUUGACAAAACUUCACAGGAAUGUUCCUUUGGUGGUCCUUUACCAAAAUUGCUCAAAUGGUUCCGGUCCAUUGCACAAUAUGGCCGCCAGAGCUAAAAAUAGCAAAAUCUUUAAACGACAUCUCCUCUGAAACGGUUCGGCAGAUUUUGAUGAAACUUGACAGUAAUGUUCCUUGGGUGGUCCUUUAUUAAAAUUGCUCAAAUGGUUCUGGUCCAUUGCACAAUAUGGCCGCCACAGCUAAAAAUAGCAAAAUCUUUAAACGACAUCUCCUCUGAAACGGAUAGGCAGAUUUUGAUGAAACUUGACAUUAAUGUUCCUUGGGUGGUCCUUUAUUAAAAUUGCUCAAAUGGUUCCGGUCCAUUGCACAAUAUGGCCGCCAGAGCUAAAAAUAGCAAAAUCUUUAAACGACAUCUCCUCUGAAACGAUAAGGCAGAUUUUGAUGAAACUUGACAGUAAUGUUCCUUGGGUGGUCCUUUAUUAAAAUUGCUCAAAUGGUUCUGGUCCAUUGCACAAUAUGGCCGCCACAGCUAAAAAUAGCAAAAUCUUUAAACGACAUCUCCUCUGAAACGGUUCGGCAGAUUUUGAUGAAACUUGACAGUAAUGUUCCUUGGGUGGUCCUUUAUUAAAAUUGCUCAAAUGGUUCUGGUCCAUUGCACAAUAUGGCCGCCACAGCUAAAAAUAGCAAAAUCUUUAAACGACAUCUCCUCUGAAACGGAUAGGCAGAUUUUGAUGAAACUUGACAGAAUUGUUCCUUGGGUGGUCCUUAACCAAAAUUGCUCAAAUGGUUCCGGUCCGCUGCACAACAUGGCUGCCAGGGCAAAAAAAUAGAAAAACCUUUAAAGAACAUCUUCUCAGAAACCGAUGAUCAGAUUUUGAUGAAACUUAACAGAAAUGUUCCUUGGAUGGUCCUUUAUCAAAUUUGCUUCAAUGGUUUCGGUCCACUGCACAAGAUGGCCCCCAGAGGUAAAAAUAGAAAAACCUUUAAACGACUUCUCCUCAGAAACCGAUGAGCGUAUUGCAAUGAAACUUGACAGAAAUGUUACUUGGGUAGUCCUUAACCAAAAUAGCCCAAACAGUUCUGGUCUGCUGCACAACAUGGGCACCAGAGCUAAGAAUAGAAAAAAACGUUAAACUACAUCUUCUCAGAAACCGAUUAUCAGAUUUUGAUGAAACUUUACAUAAAUGUUCAUCGGGAUGCCCUUUAACCAAAAUUGCCCAAAUGGUUCCGGUCCGCUGCACAACAUGGCUGCGAGAGUUAAAAAUAGAAAAACCUUUAAGGACUUCUUGUCCGCAGUCUUCACGAAAAACAUUUUAACCUACUAGCCAGUUGGACUAGCAUAAUGGCAUAUUUUACUAGUCCGAAUGACAAUCUAGUAGUCCGACUAUUUUGCCACAUUAUAAAACUGUAUGCUUGAGGUAAAUACCUAUUUCAAUUGAGCAGCUUGCAGUUUGAGUAAACAUUUCUUUAUUAUGAUGCUCAUGCAGUGAUAGGGAGUGACAUCCUUCUGUUGGGAAUAGUGCUCCUUGUUUUUCAGAACCUAUGGGUACUAUGUAAAAACAAAAGGCAUCUUGCUUGAAUAGACUGUAAUAAUAUCAACAUGGUUAGAAAAGAAAUGCCAUGCUUUAAUAGCUUUGAUUACAUUUUACUACUGAAUUACCUCCCUUUAAUAGAAAAAAAAAAAAUGUCUUAAUUUUUCACGUAUAGCAUCUUUAAAUAAUUUUUAAACAAUAAUAAUUUAUGAGUAAACAUAUAAGCAUAAAGUUCUCACAAAAAGAUCAAUUUAAAAACCUUACAUUUAUACAUAGGAAAGUAUAUAUAGACUGAACAUUAAUUUUCGUUUAAGUGACAUUCUGAAAGUUUAUGAAACAGCUAUUUUUAGUAACUUAAAUGGCCGAAAAGUGUAAGUGAAACACCAAGUCGAUUCUAUCUCGUCAGUUCUUGUUCAGGUUAGAUAUUUGCUUCAUAAUCUAUUCAGAUUAAAUGUUAACCGAUGAUCAGAUUUUGAUGAAACUUGACAGAAAUGUUCCUUGGGUGGUCAUUAACCAAAAUUUGUUAAAUGGUUCCAGUCCACUGCACACCAUGGCUGCCAGAGCUAAAAAAUAAAAAAAAACUUUAUACGACUUGUCGUCGAAACCGAUGACCUUUUUUCGAUAAAACUUGACAGAAAUGUUUGUUUGGUGCUCCUUUACUCAAAUUGCCCAAAUCAUUUCGGUCCACUGCACAACAUGGCAGCCAGAGCUAUUAAAGUAAAAAAUUUUUUUAAAUAACUUCUCCUCAAAAAUUGAUGAUUGUAUUUCUAUGAAACUUGACGAAAAUGUUCGUUAGGUGGUCUUUGCUUGAACCUUUUGGCCAGUGGAGCACAGGCACUGAUGUGCCUCUUGUUUCUUAAGUUUUGAUGAAAUUAAAAUAUAGAUGUUUGCUUCAUUUAAGGUUACCCGGUAACAUUUAAUCAAACACCUCAUUGACUUUAAUCUUUUGGAGAAUUACCUGGGCCAAAAAUAUCUCUUUGUGAGCUUACCACUUAAUUGCAAAACAAUUAAAAGCAGCACUAUUUAUGUCCAUAAACAUGAAAUAAAUGUGAAAAGAAACCUUA